UAUGUACUUAUGCAGCUGCAACUGAUAAAUUUGUCAGUGUAGUCUAGUAGACGCCGCACACCAUGCCAAAAACUAUUUUAGGAAUCUCAAUAGUCGCAAUCUCGCUAAACGUGGUACUCGGUGCGAAAAUCCUCGGUCUGUUUCCACUCCCUAUCAACAGUCACCGGAACCUGUACACCCCUCUGGUGCAAGAACUAGUGCAAAGAGGACACCACGUCACCGUGAUCAGUCCAUACGAAGAAACAAUCGACUCAAAAAAUGGCUCCCUUAGAUCAAUAGUGCUCACGGGGUUCGUCGAUUGGAUGACAGAUGGAAUGAAACACGUGAGGACGUUUGACUUAGCAGAUACCAAUAUUUUUCAGAAGCUUCAAACUGUGCUCACUUUUUUGGAAACAAUGUCUGAAAUGACUUUGGGACAUCGAAACGUGCAGAGAUUGAUCCAUUCCAAAGAAACGUUCGACGUGGUGAUAAUAACAGAACUGCUGACGCACGCACAUAAAGCCCUGGCGCCACAUUUCAAAGCUCCGUUAGUUUCUUUUAGUACCAUUGGUUUGUCGUCUUUCACGAACCUUCUAGUCGGAAACCCCGCACCACCGUCCUAUGUACCCGAUCUAUUUUCAGACUAUAGUAGCAAAAUGACGUUCCCGGAACGAUUAACGAAUAGCUUAAUGCAUCUUUACACACAAGUGUGUUUCAAUUGGUACGUGUACCCUCAACAGAAGGAGUUAAUGAAAAAAUAUGUACCCGGGGAGUACGACUUUGAUCAAGUUAUACACAACAUAUCGCUAGUUUUGCUCAACUCCCACCCCAGUAUCAACCAACCGGUGCCAAUCGUACCGAACGUGAUCGAAAUCGGUGGCUUUCAUAUAAAACCCCCCAAACAACUACCUCAAGAUCUACAAGAGUACUUAGACAACGCUCCAAACGGGGUAAUCUAUUUCAGCAUGGGUUCAAACCUAAAAAGCGCGGAACUACCAAUGGCAAAACGUGACACUUUCGUUAAAACUUUCGCGAAAUUGAAGCAAAAGGUUAUUUGGAAGUGGGAAGAGGACGUGCUGCCGGGGCAACCCGAAAACGUCAAAGUGGACAAGUGGUUACCCCAAUCGGGUAUUUUAGCCCAUCCGAACACCCGACUUUUUAUUACUCACGGCGGACUUCUAAGUACCACGGAAACCAUCUACCAUGGAGUGCCCGUUCUAGCUAUACCCGUAGCGGCUGACCAAAAAUUGAACGCGCAACGUAUAACUAAAGAAGGUUUUGGCCUGUUGCUAGAAUACCACGAAAUUUCGGAAACUACUUUAACCCAGAAGUUAGACGAACUUUUAAAUAACCCUAAAUACGCCAAAAACGCCAAAGAAUGUUCAAAAAUCUUCCAGGAUCGACUCACCGGACCAAUGGAAACCGCGGUUUACUGGGUGGAGUACGUAAUUCGUCAUAAAGGUGCCCCUCAUUUAAAAGUAGCCGGGGUUGACUUACCGUGGUAUAAAUACAUGCUGCUAGACGUCGGACUGUUUAUUGUAUUAUCACUAGUACUUAGUUUGUACGUGUUUUGUAAACUUACAAAAAUUUUAAUUUCAUUGUGUGUACCAUCAAAAAGCCCAAAACUGAAACGUAGUUGAUAAAUACAAUUUCACACCUGUGA